UUUUUUAGAAAUUUGUUUAUAAAUUUUAUAUUUCGUUCUAACAGAUAUAGACAGCAUCUCAAGUUGAGAUUUAUUUUCUAUCGCUGAUCUGGUGUAUAAUGCACGGAAAGUGCAUUGAAAAGUGACAAAUAUAUGGACGAAACUUGGAGAAAGGAGAAGAGAACUAGCAUGAAGUAGUGGAAUCAGUUUAGCGAGAGGAAAUAAACCUUGAUUUGAUUGGUAAGCAUUUAUAAAUAAUCGUCACCGUGUAUACUAGUUUCCUUGGAAUGGCAAAACAAAAGCUGUGCGCUUUCUCUGUGUGUGUGCGCGUGACGCGUAAAUAAAUUUAUUUGGCAACGUGUUGAUCGAAGCUUCUCAUGUCGUCGAGGCGCUCGAUAAAACGCUAAAUCGCGUAACACGACGAAAUAUUCGGUAGACACGAAGCGAGAAGGUCUUCAAAGACGAUGAAUAAGCACGAGCACAAGCAAAGUGAUAUUAGCGAAGAAGACAAUCGAUUGCAAGAGGAACUGCUACAGGCAGUCGACGUGUUGAAGGGCAAAGACGAAACGGCCAUGUUGCCGUCGCUAAAUCGACUGAGGAUGUUAAUGCGCACAUCCACCACUUCGAUGACUUCCGUUCCGAAGCCCCUGAAAUACCUAAGGAAUUUUUAUCCGAGGCUGAAGAACGCGUACGAGGACCUCAGGCGGAAGGAGGUAAAGAUCCGUUUUGCAGAAAUCCUCAGUGUGCUCUCUUUAGCGGGCGCCGAUCCGGGAUCCAGGGAAUGUCUGGAUUUCUGUAUCAAAGGAGUCGUGGAUAAUCCUGGCGAGUGGGGCCACGAAUACGUGAGGCGACUCGAGGUAGAGAUCGUCGACGAGUGGGCGAAUGCACCGAUCAAAGAGGAGCAGGAAAUCAGGAAACGUCUGAGCCCGUUGAUCAGAAGUAUUAUCGCGUUCGACAUGAGGCACAACGCGGAAAUACAAGCGUGCGACCUGUGCCUGGAGAUCGACGAGCUGGACUUCCUCGCCGUGCACUUGGACUCCACGAAUUUUACGCGGGUGUGCCAUUACCUGAUCAGCUGCGCGGCUUACAGCGAGGACACGGAGAGAAAACAAAUAUUAGAAUUCGCCACGGAGCAAUAUCUGAAGUUUAACGAGUACACGAGGGCAAUUUUGGUGGCGCUGCAACUUGCAAAUUCGGAACUUGUUUUCAAGUGCAUCUCCGCUUGUCCCGACUCUUUGAUGAGGAGCCAGCUAGCCUUCAUCCUCUCACGGCUUCAGGACCAACCCUUGAGGACGGAGUAUCACGGAGAUGACGCCAAAGACAUCGAGACGAUUCUCAGCAAUGGGCACGUGAACAGUCACUUUCAGAUCCUCGCCAGAGAACUCGAUGUACUACAACCGAAGCAUCCGGAGGAUAUCUACAAAAGCUGGUUAGUGGGAGGAUCUAGACAGGUGAAGCACGACUCUGCGAAGGCAAACUUGGCGGCGAGUUUCGUCUCUGGUUUCGUACACGCUGGCUUUGGCCAAGACAAGCUUAUGGCAAACACGUCCGAUUGUUGGGUGUACAAGAACAAGAAGCACGGAAUGUUAUCAGCUACCGCUUCUCUGGGCCUGAUACACAUGUGGGAUGUUGAUGGCGGCUUGAUUCCCAUCGACAAAUAUCUUUACUCGAACGAGGAUUACGUAAAAUCCGGCGCCUUGCUGGCUAUCGGACUGGUGAAUUGCGGGGUCCGUAAUGAAUGCGAUCCGGCGUUGGCACUCCUCAGCGAGUAUGUCUGCUCAAACAAUCAAACUCUUCGCAUCGGAGCUGUUCUGGGACUGGGUCUGGCUUACGCCGGUUCCAGAAGGAAAGACGUCACCCAACUCCUUUCCGCUGCAUUGGUCGAUGAGCAAAAUAAUAUGCAAAUUUUGUCGUUGGCUGCCAUCUCUUUAGGCCUGGUGAACGUAGGCUCGGCGGAUUCCGAUGUGUUUUCAAGUAUCUUGCUGAAAUUCAUGGGACUCUCUACGAACGAACUCGCAGUUCCGCACUCCAGAUUUUUGGCGUUAGCUCUCGGAAUGGUUUACAUGGGAGCCCGGGACAUCGUAGAGACACCUUCCGCAGCGCUCGAGGCUUUGCCGGAGCCGUACAAUUCCGCCUCGCAGACGAUGCUACAAAUCUGCGCUUACGCUGGCACCGGCGACGUGCUGAUAGUGCAGGAAUUAUUGAGGAUCUGCUCGGAAACGGUCGAGGACGAAACGAACGAGAAGAGCAGCCUCGAGAGUAGCUCGAGCUGUUGCGAUCAAAGAAGGUCGCAGGCUGACCCUUCCACAUCGAGGAAGAAUAAAAAGAACGACGACCGAGCCGAGGAGUCAACCAAAGACAUCGGCGCCACGCAGGCCAUAGCGUCCCUCGGGGUGGGAGUGGUCGGACUCGCGGAGGGGAAGGAAAACUCAGGAAUUUUCGGCCAGGUUGGAAGGUACGGUCCAACGCCAGCGCGGCGCGCUAUGCCUCUCGCGAUGGCCCUGUCCUUUUUGUCGAGCGCUGAUCCGGCGGUCGUGGAUGUACUGAAUAAGUACAGCCACGACCACGACACCGAAGUCGCCCUCAACGCGAUCAUCGCCCUUGGCCUGGUGGGUGCCGGCACGAAUAACGCGCGGUUGGCAACUAUGUUAAGACAGUUGGCGGCUUAUUACGCGAAACAUCCGUCUCACCUGUUCCUCGUCCGCAUUUCUCAGGGCUUGGUGCACUUGGGCAAGGGCACCUUGUCCUUAUCACCAUUACGGUACUCUUCAAAGGUGUUAGACUACACCGCUCUGGCUGGCUUGAUGGUUGUCCUAGUCGCGUGUUUAGAUUGCAGGAACCUUAUAUUAUCGCAAUCUCAUUAUUUAAUGUACUGCUUGGCUGUCGCGAUGGAGCCAAGAUGGCUGGUUACCGUGGACAAGAAUUUACAGAACCUACCAGUGUCGGUGAGAAUCGGCCAAAGUGUGGAUGUCGUCGGGAAGGCCGGAAAUCCGAAAUCCAUCGUCGGCGGUCGCGUGCAAACCACGCCGGUACUGCUCAACGUAGGCGAGAAGGCCGAGCUGACGUCGGAUCAGUACGAGUCGCUUUCCAGCGUUCUCGAGGGUUUCGUCAUCCUCCGCGAGAAAGUAAUCCCGAAAUGAACGAACUUUACAAGAAAGACAAUAAGAACCAGUUGGCUCUUGUCCUCUCUUCUAGUAUUGUUCAAUCUUAAUCGGAGCCUUCGAAGUUUCAGAAAUAUAUAAAUAUAUAA